GGGCCAUCGUAAGGAUAAGGUAAUUGAUGUUUUCUGUUGUGAAAUGUGAAUUUCUCUGGUAGAUAAAUAGCAGUAAAUAAUAUAUUAGGAAUCAUGUAGGUCAAUGAGGAGGAAGAGGGCAGUGAAUCAUGGCAUGUUGAAGAAGAGGACGAGGAUGAGGAAGUAAGUUAAUAUCCCUGUUUAUGUUUGUUUAUAUGUUUGUUUAUUUAAUUAAAGGAUUGUAAAAUGUAUUGAAGCAUUGAAUAUGAUUGUUUUGAAGGUGAAUGGACUAUGGUGCAAGAGCGGCAAAGGGGGUAGGCUUCCUGAUGAAGUAUACAGGGUUAAUAAAUUAAGUGUUGGUGGAAGGUUAAAGGAGAGUGGGGAAGUGAUUGCUAGCCGGGUGCUACUUAACAAUAAAAGGGAAGUGAAUUUCAAUUGCCGAGUCGAGACAUUUGGUCAAAUCGUAAAGCAAUUUGAUGAGAGGAAAAAGCGUUUGGUGGCUGAAAUGGGGUUUGCUGGAUUAUUGCACUUUGUGGAUAAGGGUUUGCCGAGGAAUUUAUGUUAUUGGUUGUGCACAAUGGUAGAUGUGAAGAGGAGGGUAUUGGUGGUGAAUGGGUUGGAAUUCCCUCUAUCGAAGAUACAAGUCCACUGGGUACUUGGUAUCCCUAUUGGUCCGAGGCAUGUACCAAAAGUUUGUGAGGACGAUGCGAUGGAGAAUGAAGUUGCUAGACUGUGUGAAUCAUUUGUUACGCGAUGCCCGUCUGGACCUAGGGUGUUUCGCGGAAGACAAUUUUGGAAGUUAUUGAGGGGCCUUUGGAAGAUGACUCAGAAUUCAAGAAGGCAUUUAUGAUGAUGGCGGUGAAUGAUGUGAUGGCCCCGACAAGUUGUCAUCGAAUGUCUGUGAAGAUGCUCCCAGUUGUAAGUGUUGCAGAGAGGGCAAAAGAAUACGAUUGGUGUAGUUUUGUGUUGGACCAUCUUAUAAAAUCUGUUGGUAAUUUUGCGAAAAGGUUUUACACUGAAGGAUAUGCGAAAUGCUGUGGUGGUUGCACUAUAUUUCUGGCGGUGUUAUACCUUGAUCGAUUGAGGAGGAACCCUGUAUCGUGGGGAGUUUUUCCACGAAUGAAAGCGUGGACGAAGGAGGAUAUAAACCUUGCAAAGAAAGAAGAUAGGAAAGCAGCAGGUGAUUAUGGUGGCCUCGGUGUAAGUAGUUUAUAUAUAAUAAUGUGUAAUUUUUUUAGUAUGAAGGAAUAAGAUUUGUUGUGUUGUGUAUAUUAGAUUUGCUGUGUUUGUGUAUAUUUUUGUUAGUGUGUGGAUGUUGCGUACGGGGAACGUCAUCCUCUUGAAGCGAGGGACAAGAUGCCUGAAUCUGAAUACAAUGAAUUGGAUCCCCAGAUAGUAACAACAUGUAAGAGAAAAGGGGCCUUGAAAGGAGACGUAAGUUAAUUCCUAAAUUAAAUCCUUAUGAGUAUAAGUUGCGAAGGAAAAUGCAAAAUGAUGGAAAUGCAGGCAGUAGUAAUGGAAGGCAAAAGUAUGGAAAUGCAGAAGGUAUAGGUACAGGUACAUCUGACACCAAGAUCACCACCUAUGUUCAGUAGGCAACAGUCAGAGGGGGAGGGACCAAGAUCACCUAUAUCAUUGAGGAGUCGCCGACAGUCAGAUGGACGAAGAUCACCUAUAUCAUUGAGGAGUCGCCAACAGUCUGAGGUACGUGAUGAAUGUUCAUCACCAGUAGCACCCCCAGGAUUUGAGAAUGUAAUUGUAAAUGGGAAUUUGCAAUUGGGAGAGUCGAGUAGUAAUAAUACAUUGACAGGUUCCAGUGAAGCACAAUUGGAAGCACAAGUAGAGAUGGUGGUGGGUAAGUAUGGAACUGCACUAAUGGAGGCACCAGUUAUAGGUAUAACAGUAGUAGAGGGUUCGAAGUACAGUUGGAGGAAAGUGAAGGAGGUUGAAGAAUUAAGU